AUGACCUCCCCACAAGUCGCAAAAAGAGCCCGUGCCAAUACCGCCGGUGACGACCUCAUUCAACUGACUGAAAGAUCGAUCCCAACGAAAGAGCAACUCGGAACAUUGAAAAUCGACUGUCUGCUCGAGCUUCUCCGGAAUGCCUCGAUGAAGCACCCCGAUGUCAACGCCACGGUAACCAGUGCGAUCCAAAGCGCACAGGAAGAGCGCCGAAAACAUGUGAUCGACUUUGAUCAUUAUUCCAAAUCGAUCUGGAAAACAAUCAACGUCACGUAUCGAUCCAGGAAAGGCUCCAAACAGUAUGAAGUCGCAUUUGAUGUUGCUGGCGACAUCAGUUCUACAAUCAGCCGAAUCGCGGAACAGUGUACCGAAUUCCCAAGUCCAGGCAAUCGACGGAGUGGUCUCGAGACGCUGCGCAAGAUUGGUAAGACGAUUUGUCUUUCUUCCAAUGGCACACUCGGCCACGAAGUGCAGAAAGAGUUCCAGUCAGACCCAUGCCUGGAGAACGCUAUGUAUGAUAUUGUUUCGGAAAUGUCUCCUGAGGAGAGAGACAAUAUUGUCAAUGAUUUGAUGGGCCCAGAAUCCCUUUUUACCAAGCUGAACGAACUGAAGAAACUUGCCGAGGGGUAUUGUAUUUUCGAGGGACUUGGGAACGUACUGGAUCUGAUACAAGGAGUGGAAGGCGAAGAUGAAAGUGAAGGCGAAGAAGAGGAAGAUGAUGAAGAUGAGGAUGAGGAUGAGGAUGAAAACGAGGAUGAAAAUGAUAUCUGCUAA